AUGAUUAUAUCUUCCUGGACUUCCUCUUUGGCGAGUCGAUCAGUCAGUCAGUUAGCAUUGUGCCUUUCAAAUUCGUCGUCCAUUGAUCACUCUCGUUACCCCUUGGGUUUAUCUCCCCCUACUUUCCGACCCCAAAUCGGAACAUCCCCACGCCCUUCCCGCCCCCAGGAUCCGAUUCCCCUUCCAGAACUCUUCACACUUCCCGCUCAUAACUCUACAAAGGCCUAUGAUCUAGUGCCUUUUCCGAAAGGAAACUUCCCCGAUCGUAAAGUGCGAACACGAUCGGAGGCAAACCCACGCGAGGUGUUCACUGCUUCAGCGCCUUCUGGUUUCUCUUGCCCAUUAACUACCUAUCUGGGCGUCGUCGAUUGCAACAGAUUUGGGUGA